UACAGAGGUUCUAUUCUGGCCGCAGUUCUGGCCCUGAUGAUGUUCCUGAUCACUGAGGACAUGGAGAACACACAGAUGAAGGAGUUUGAAUGUGUGGAGUUCACUGACGUGGAGCAGGAGGAUCAGAACCAGGAGAAAAGCCCGCGCCGGGUCAUUCGCUUCUCCAGCGGGGAGACCAUGGAGGAGUACAGCACAGAGGAGGAGGAGGACGACCAGCAGGACAACACAAAGGAACCUCGGGAGAGGGAGGAUCUGCUGUCCUCGGUGGAUACGUCGAAGCUGCAGUGGGGUCCGUACGUCCACUUCCACAUGUGGAGAGCAGCGACGUCCACUCUGUCAGCAUGUGAUUUUAUGGGGGAGAGGGUGGCAUCACUGUUUGGCAUCACCACGGCAACAGAUCAGUACGGCAACGAUGAGCAGAACCACAACAAGACCGAGAAUGAGGAUGAAGUUGAUGUUCUUGUCUCACAAGACAUUCAGUCUCAUAUUGUGGAACCCUGGAAUAAGAGGAACCAGGCUGAGAAGAACCACAGCAGGGAUGAGAAGAUGAAGGAUAAUGUGAAUGAAGAGAACCUGAGUGAAGAAAUACAGAUGAAGAAAAUGUUGAGGGAGGAGAACCUGAGUGAGGAGAUCCAUGUCGUGGAGAACAGAAGUGAGGAGAACCUGACUGAGAAGAUCCAGGCUGAAGAGAACAGAAGGGAGGAGAACCUGACUGAGAAGAUCCAGGCUGAAGAGAACAGAAGGGAGGAGAACCUGACUGAGGAGAUCCAUGUAGAGGAGACCAGAAGUGAGGAGAACCUGAGUGAGAAGAUCCAAAGUGAAGAGAACCAAGAGCAGCAGAUGUUCCAGCCUCAUGGAUCUGGUUCCUCUGAUUCUUCUCCUGAAUGUGAUGCCCUCAACAAUCACCCUGAUUGAUUUAUUACACCUUGUAGCAGUUAGUGUGAAAAACGAGGGGCGUCCCAAUACUUUUGUCCAUCUAGUGUGUUUGUUUAUUAUUCGUAUUUAUUUCCUGAUCAACAUUAAUUCAUCUUAAUGAUUCUGAAUCGUGCCUUACUGAAGUAUUUUUCUCUUUAAUUCUUAGUAGUUUUUAAUAAAUCUGUUUAACUUUAAUAAAAAUAAGAACAAUAAUAAUAAUAUAAAUAAAAAUAAAUGUUUGUUUUGGGUGUUUUAAUGACACUGAUUUAAUAAAAUUAUGACAUUAAA